AUAUUAUCCGAAAUCUUGGAGUCGAGCCGAAAGAUGCGGACACGUCGUCGCACCCAUAGCAGAGCAGAGAGAGUGACUCUCGAGCCGAUCCACAUAUUCUCGUCCCGAAAUUCCGAGUCACGACAUCGUCUCCUUCUUCCUCCGCGGGGUUCGCUCCUCCUUGGCAAUUGCGUCGGAAAUCUCCGAGAGAUUCUUCACCUUCGAGACCUAUUUUUAGUCGGCGGGUCUUCCAGUUGCCGUCGUUCUUUCGCGCGUGCCAUGAAUCGGUGAAGAGAAGCUCCUUUGUGAGAUACUAGAACGGUUAUGGUGAUUUCAACUGCACAAGUGGAGAGUAUGACAUCUUUGAACAGUGAUCUUUUCUAUGACAUACUGAGGCGCCUCGAUGGUCCAACCUUAGCUAGUGCGGCAUGUGCUUGUGCCGCAUUUUGUUCUAUCUCGAGAGAAGAGAGAUUAUGGGAAGAUGUAUGUUCAUCCUUGUGGCCUUCAACCAAUAGGGAGGAUGUCAAAAGCUUGAUAUCAUCCAUUGGAGGGUUCAAGAAGUUCUAUGCGGAUUGUUUCCCCCUCAUUGUAAAUAAAGAAGUCACUGAGUAUCAGCGGAAUGAAUAUCUCGAGGACUCUGAAGAAUGGACCGAGGCUGAAUACUAUGGGGAUAUAGAUGAAUCUGAGAGUAUAGCAGCCUCAGAUUUUGUUUCUCUAGUGGAUAUCAGGUAUAAAGACCGACCAGUAUGCUCGAAAGUGCUGUGGGGAAUUCCUAAUGCGAAUGGUUUCAAUGGAUGGUUCUACAAUUGUCCAUUCCGGGUCGAUCUUCUCGCCUAUUCGUCAUCUAGAGACAAUGAUUUUGAUGGAGUGGCUCUUUCGGUUUCUGAUGGUCUACCCCCAGUUACAUCCAUGGAGAGAGAGAGGAAAGAUGGAAACCUAUGGCGAGAACUUCGUGAUGGACUCCGGCUCAGUUGGAUCAUCGUCAACAGAAAAGCUAAGCAAGCUGCUAAUCUUGCGAGUUGGAGCCCACUUGGCGGGCAAAGGCACUGGCCGACGGACAAGGAUUUCGUGAUUCGCUUUGGAUCAGUCCUUCCCGCAAAGGAUAUUCUUCCCUGUCAGGUGGUUGAGUGCAUCCUGAUUAUGAAGUUCAGGAUGACUCGUAUGGAAGGAGAAGGCGUCCACACAACACUUAAAUUGACCGAGCUGAGCAUGCAGCUGGAGGACAUGGAAGGCGCUUAUGUCAAUGGAAGAAACAGUUUGCUUAUUCUGAAGGAAGCACUGAGCUGUCGUCGAAGCAAAAAUUACAGCGAAGUUCUUGAGUCGUGUCACCUGUACUCGAAAGUGCAGAGCGAGUUGAAAGAGGAGAAGAUGAGAAAUGAGAACAGGUUAGAUAGGCUUUGUAUCUUGAGCGGCAUCACCGUGUUCGCUACAUUCUGGUACUACUAUGUCUUGUGAAGCAAGAAGUCUGUGCGUUCUUUUUAGCAGAUGCAUCGAGACUCUUUAACAGACUUUCGAAAUUUUGUGCGCUUCAAGCCUCUAACAACUCUGAUACCGUGUUCGUACUAAUGUAAGAUCACACCCAAGUUUUGUACUCUUGGAUUUUCAAUCCAAAUUUUCUACUUGGUACUUUAUGUAAUGUGAAAAUUGAGUUCCCUCUCUAAUGGGAGCUUUCCCU